UUCUCGAUCCGUAUCGUUUAACGCAUUUCCGGUACCGCAUGAAUCAGGAAAAUGGCAAAUCAGAAGAUGGAAGUGGAUGACGGUCCCCCUGCUAAUCAUGAGGGGAUCAAACAGUACUAUUGCAGCAAAAUCGAGGCUCUUCAGCUGGUUGUCACUGAUAAAACACAAAAUCUGCGUCGAUUGGAAGCACAGAGAAAUGAGCUAAAUGCUAAAGUGCGAAUGUUGCGGGAGGAGUUGCAGCUACUACAAGAGCAGGGGUCGUAUGUGGGGGAGGUGGUGAAACCCAUGGAUAAGAAGAAAGUCCUCGUUAAGGUCCACCCUGAAGGCAAGUUUGUAGUGGACAUUGACAAGAAUAUUGAUAUCAACGAUGUGACACCCAACUGCAGAGUGGCCCUGAGGAAUGAUAGCUACACCCUACAUAAAAUAUUGCCUAACAAGGUGGAUCCACUAGUCAGCUUGAUGAUGGUGGAGAAAGUUCCUGACUCCACUUACGAGAUGGUUGGCGGUCUUGAUAAACAGAUCAAGGAGAUUAAAGAAGUGAUAGAACUGCCUGUCAAACAUCCAGAACUGUUUGAAGCUCUUGGCAUUGCCCAGCCCAAGGGUGUGCUGUUGUAUGGACCCCCAGGUACUGGAAAAACCCUGCUGGCUCGAGCUGUGGCUCACCACACAGAAUGCACAUUCAUACGCGUAUCUGGAUCUGAGUUGGUGCAGAAGUUCAUUGGAGAGGGUUCACGUAUGGUCAGGGAGCUGUUUGUGAUGGCUAGGGAGCAUGCCCCGUCCAUUAUCUUCAUGGAUGAAAUUGACUCCAUAGGUUCUUCCAGGCUGGAGAGUGGAUCAGGAGGUGACAGUGAGGUGCAGAGAACAAUGUUGGAGCUGCUAAACCAACUGGAUGGAUUUGAACCUAAACAAAACAUUAAGGUGAUCAUGGCAACAAACAGAAUUGACAUCCUCGACUCUGCAUUGCUACGACCGGGAAGAAUAGACAGAAAAAUUGAAUUCCCACCACCGAAUGAAGAGGCCCGACUGGAUAUUUUGAAGAUCCAUUCACGUAAGAUGAAUCUGACUCGAGGCAUUAACCUGAGAAAGAUCGCAGAAAUGAUGCCGGGAGCUUCAGGUGCUGAAGUUAAGGGCGUGUGUACAGAAGCCGGGAUGUACGCUCUUCGUGAGCGCAGAGUGCAUGUUACUCAGGAGGACUUUGAACUCGCAGUGGCAAAGAUCAUGUUGAAGGACUCAGAAAAGAACUUCUCCAUCAAGAAACAGUGGAAGUAACAUGGCUUAAGUUCCAGUUAAGGAAGACAGUUAUAUCCUAUCACUGGUUGUACAAGACAUUAUCUCGGAUUGCUAGGCUCUACAAUACUGUUUUGGAUUGCUUGACGGUGGGACAUCAUUAUUGCGAUAUGUACUGAAACAUCAUUAUUCCAAUAGACUGUGAAACAUUAUUAUUAAGUUUUAUAAGAUCAGAUUAAUAUUGAGUCAAGAGAUCGGAGAUAUUUUGUGAUCAAAAUUCCAUAAUUUCUAAGUUAGGUAUUUGUUUUAUUGAAUACGUAGUCUGUAUCAGAGAAGAUUGAAGGGAUUGAAUAAAAGCUAUAUGAGUUAUUUCAACAAACUGUCUUGCAGAUGAUAUUUAGAAAGUGUGCUAUCUGUUUUCGAAAGUGUGUUGUUCCAUUUCAUUAACAUUAAAAUACAUAUUUGUUCUCUGUACAUUUAUAUUUAUCAUUUAAGGUGAUUAAAUCUUCAAAUGCAA